AUCGGCAUUAGAAAUCGCUUUGUCACAUAACAAACUGGGUAUUUGUCUGUUGUAAAUUCUUUCAAAGUCUUAAGUGUCAUUUAGAGACUCCUAAAGAAUGUCUCGUGGAAGCAGCGCUGGGUUUGAUAGGUAUAUUACUGUAUUUUCGCCAGAGGGACGACUGUACCAAGUCGAGUAUGCAUUCAAAGCAGUAAAUCAAGGUGGUUUAACAUCAGUAGCUGUACGUGGUAAAGAUUCUGCUGUUGUUGUUACUCAAAAGAAAGUUCCAGACAAGUUAUUAGAUGCUGACACAGUGACCCAUUUAUUUCAACUGACAGAAAAAAUAGGAUGUGUAAUGACUGGAAUGAUAGCUGAUAGUAAAUCACAAGUACAAAGAGCCCGAUAUGAAGCAGCUAAAUGGAAAUAUUCCUAUGGUUACGAGAUACCAGUUGAUAUGUUAGUUAAACGUAUGGCUGACAUUAAUCAAGUCUACACACAGAGUGCUGAAAUGAGACCUCUUGGAUGUUGUAUGAUAUUAAUUGGUUAUGAUGAUGAAUUAGGACCAUUAGUCUUUAGAACUGACCCAGCUGGUUAUUAUUAUGGUUUUAAAGCCACAUCAGCUGGUGUCAAACAGUUAGAAGCCAAUAGCUUUCUAGAAAAAAAGAUCAAGAAGAAACAAGAACUCUCAUUCAAUGACACAGUGGAGACGGCUAUAACAUGUUUAUCAACAGUACUAUCAGCAGAUUUCAAGGCAGCUGAGAUUGAAGUUGGUGUUGUUUCUAAAGAUCAUUCUAGAUUCAAAGUUCUCUCAGAGGAAGAAAUAGAUGCUCAUUUACUAGCUAUAGCUGAAAAAGACUAAAACAGUUACUCAUUAUAGGACAGUUAUCACCUUUUCAUAUAUUAUAAAGAUGGAGCUCCAAGUCAUCACCAUGGCAACAAAGCAAUGUUUUGUUAAAAUUAUUUGUUGUACCUAUUUCAUUUGUCGCAUAAAGAUAUAUUAUGUAAAAAGUUGGUUUUAUAUUUAUUUUUGCUCUUUCUAAAUUUCUUGUGAUCCUUGCGAGUUGGUUUUUUCGUAAGAAAUUUGUAAGGCACAACUACAAGAAAUGACUUAUACAGAUGAUAUGAAAAUAGCAAAAAUAUUAGCAAACUUAAAGUUUUGAGAUGGUUUGCAGCAUUUUCAUCAAUCAUAAUGAUUCUGUUGAUGCCUCUUGAUUUGAUAAUUGAUCAAUUUCAUUACCCCCAUUC